CCAGAAUACAGGCACAUAUAAGCCCUAGAACCAGACCUAGGCAGUUUACUGGCACAUAAACCAGCUGACUUUCACCCCCGGCUCAUCUAACCAUCCUGGAAGGAAGAUAAAAUAGAAAGAUUAAAGUGAGGAACUAUAAAGUGUACACUGUAAAUACAUUUUCGUCGAUUUUGUGAAACGUGUCAGGGACAAUUAUCAACGUUUUUCUCGUAAAUUUGUGAAAAAGUUCGCUCUUCAACAUCAAGGAUUUUAGGAUAUUUAGACGCUCCUUCAAAUUCUGUUCCAGUACAAUACAAAAUGUCAUGUUCUGAAAGGUUUCAAAGAUAAGCCACUGCAAGAUUACAGCUGUCUCUCUAUUACAACAGCUGUAAAUAUUAAAAUCAAGAAAUCGGCAAAAAACUGACGAAAAUCUACCAGAAGUGAGAUAUCAGGAGAAUCAGGAAGAGCUAUAAUGAGGAACCUGAAAUGGAGGUUUAACACUGAACAACUGGUAUAGAACUACAAUUAACCCUAUAGAGGGUGAAGGGAGGAAAGGGAGUAGGGUUCAGGAUAUAUUAUAAUAUCGAUUAGUGUGUAUAAUGCACUGAUGCAGGUGAACUGCAUUAUUCACCUCUUCAGACAAUUAUCCCAUAUUAUUGGGAUAUCAGUUACAUAUCAGCAGCAUACUUAAACACACUACCAUCAUCAUUCAAGUGAACAGCUAUAAAUGGAACAGUGCCGAACUAUCCGGACUGAAUAUUUAAGUUCCAAAAUAGAUAUUUUAGUGUUUAAAUUAUCCUAUUCGUUAACUUAAGACGUAUCGAUAAACUAGUAAGGAUUCAGUUAACAAACAAGGAUUAGGUUAACAUACAAGGAUUCAGUUAACAAACAAGAAUUCAGUUAACAAACAAGGAUUCAGUUAACUAACAAGGAUUCAGUUAACAAACAAGGAUUCAGUUAACAAGGAUUCAGUUAACAAAAAAGGAUUAAGUUAACAAACAAAAAUUCAGUUAUCAAACGAGUAUUCAGUUAUCAAACAAGGAUUCAGUUAACAAACAAGGAUUCAGUUAACAAACAAGGAUUCAGUUAACAUACAAGGAUUCAGUUAACAAACAAAAAUUCAGUUAACAAACGAGGAUUCAGUUAUCAAACAAGGAUUCAGUUAACAAACAAGGAUUUAAUUAACAAACAAGAAUUUUCUUAAUGAAAAAGGAUUCAGUUUAAAAACGAGGAUUCAGUUAACAAACUAAAAUUCAGAUAACAAGAAAAGAAAGAAGAAGGGAUGACGAUACAUAAGUUUUUGAAAUAAAACCUUUACAAAGGAUUGAAUAAUAAGAAUGGGUUGUAUCUCUAGUAAAGACGAGGAGAGGGAGAAUCAUGGUUUUGAUCAGGUCUACAGAGAAAAACAGCAGGUUCGAGGGUCGCCGACUAAACGCAAUUCCACGGGAACACUACCCCGGGAUGGAAGUAGCACAGUGGACAGAAGAAAUAGACCUUCAGGUUCCCAGUUCGAUCCUCAGAAGGAUAUGAUCAUACAUACUCUACGCCAGGACGGAGCUUACAGGAUAAACGAACCAGUUCGAACCAUAGACCGGAGAAACGGAACAGAAGAGAGGAAAGGGAAAGAGAGGAGAGAAAGCGGAACUGGACGGAGAGAAAAUGGUGUCGCGCAAGAAAGAAGAGAAAGUGGGGUGGGCCAAGAACGAAGAGAAAGCGGGACAGGACAAACUAGAAGAGAAAGUGGAGUUGGUCAAGAAAGAAGAGAAAACGGAACGGGUAAACACAGAAGAGAAAGUGGGGUGGGUGCGGAGAGAAGAGGGAGUGGAUUAGAUCAGGAUAGGAAUGAAAGCAUGACUGGUCGAGGUUUUGAAGAGAAUGGUCGAGGACGGAGAGCAAGCGAGGUUGGACGGAAAGAGAACGGAGCGGAUAGAUCAGGAGUUGAACCUAGAUCUGCCGGUAGAUCAGGUAGACCAGGUAGACAGGACGAGGAUAGUUUUGCUAGAAAUCAGUUUGACCGGGCCAGCCAGCUUAGACGAUCUAAAAAGAAGCGGAAAAAGAGCAGUGUUGAUCAAACACAGUCUCCGAUAUCACCAGGAGCCAAGUCUGUAAACAGUGAAAUAUCGUAUCUGGAGACUCCAGUGAAACGUGAUAAAACUGCUCAAAGUAUCGUCUCCGAGUCAACUCCUAAGUCCGCUGAAAUCUCCCCAGGUCGAACCGAAGCGGAAUAUGAUCCGAAAUACGGAAAUCUGAUAUAAUCAGAGGAAGACGACACAAGUCAAAUCAAAGACGAAUUUUCUGUAUUCAUUCAGAGUUAUCAAAAAGUUAUUAUUCUCCAAGUUAUUCUUUUUCUCUCGGCAACAAAAAUAUUUUUGUUUGCAAAUUGUUGAUUUUAAAGGAAGUCAACAGUAUAUUGACGCCAUCAUAGAGAGUUUCAGUUAUAGAAUUAAAAUCAUCCAUUUUACCAUAAAAUUUCAGAUUUUGGAUUGUAGUUUUGUUUAAUCUGAAAACAAUCAAAAUGAUCUAUUAUGAUUUUUGAAAUCUGGAUUAAAUAUUAGAAUUUUCAGUCUAAAAAAUUCCAUGACAAUUAUAUUUUCCAAAAAUUUACCCUUUCUCAGCCGUAAAUUUAUUAUGACAGUUAUCUGUGAUAUAAUAACACAGACUACACUGAUAGGUAAAGGCAGUGAUACAGUGGGAACCAUAAAGUAGUGGGAUAGGAAGACGACUGUUAGACUUAAAGGGACUGUAAGCGUAAUGUUAAGUGCCCCUCCGUGUAAACAGAACUAGUUUUCUUAAAAGGUUGAUUUUAAAGCUACUUCUUUAAGACAACAUCAAAUACAUACAAGAUUGCUAAAAUUUCGUCUUUAUAUUUCACAGUUUUACGGGUCCACUGUAUAUCUUCCAAAAAGGUUACUGAACUAUAAAGCAACCUUAUCUGUGUAAUCUGUGUUUACCAUUUUUUGUAAUUAUGUGAAUGUAAAUAUUUCCAUCAUUUAUGUAUUUAAAUUACUAAUUUCGCGUAUAUGCGAUAUUAACCCGUGUUUCUAAGCAAAAAGCGCCUUCUCUGAUAUAUUACAGUGGUCCCAAAAUCUCCAAAAAGAUGAUUCAAAGAAACGACCAAAACUUGAUUUGCUAUUAAACCACGUAAGCGUACGAACGCUGCGUACUAAAAUUUAUUUUUAAAUGUUUUUUUAAAUUAUGGUUAAAUUUUUUUUCGUUUUUAUCUCAUUUUUUAAGGACCACCGUAAGAAAACCGUUAAUUGAAAAGUAAUUUGUCGUUAUGUAAAUGCAACCUAUCAAUGUUGUGCCAUUGAAAGUGCCCAGCACUGAUUUUUUUGCGGCCAUUUCCAGGAUUUUUGGUAAAAUUGAAUAGAAUUGCACUUGCUCAUAUUAUAAUGCUCUGUGCCAUUAUAUUUCUUUUUUUACAAUUAUAUAUUCAUAUUGUUAUAUCCUAAUUUAUACUUUUUGACGGGAACGGAAUUCAUAUUUUUAAAAAUAAACAUAAUGCUCUAAUUUUCUCAUUAAGACUCGGUCAAAAACAUUCUAAGAUGUUUCUGUCAUUUUCACUAAUGCGUUUUAUCAAUUAGAAUAAGUUUCUAUCAUUUUUGCUCUCUCAGAAAUCUUUUCAUUAAACCAUAUAUAGAGUAUUAUUAAAUUUUUUAUUUCUCUGUAUAAUUCCUUGAAAAUAUUGAUUCAAAUGGCAUAUUGAUGUACUUUUCAUUAGAAAUCUACCAUUAAAUUGAAAUACAGGGUGUGUCUUAUGUGAA